ACUUUUACACGUCUUCUGGAAUUCCUCUCUGCUUCAACUAUAUAAUGAUUCCCAACCUCUUCAGCUUCUCUCUCGAUAUCUAAAGCGGGCGUUUCAAAAGUCUCUGCUGGUGACGCUAUUAGCUUUGUUUUUUGUUUCUCACCGUUUCAAUUUUCUUCUUUACGCUAUUAGUUUCCCCAUUGUUUAACGGCAAUGUCUGGACGUGGAGGUGGUAGACGAGGCCGGGGACAGAACUCUGGUCGCGGUCAACCCUCGCAGUCUUUCCCUCGCGGUGGUGGUGGUGCUAGAGGAAGAGGUCGUGAUUCUAUCAGGGAACGUGGACCCUCAGGUCCUCCUCCUCCUCCUCCUCCUCAGGUGGCUCCAUCUCGGCCACCUCCUCCAUCUUUGCCUUCUACCUCUACGGCUCCCGUGUAUCAUCCUUCGUCGAGUUCUGGUGCGGAAUCACUGAGCAGGGAGAUCUCCCAGAAGCUCACAUUGGAACCGGAGGCUACGACGAUGACGGCUCCUCUUCGUCCGUUGUCUUCGAAGGCUAUUGGAUUCCCUGAAAGACCCGGGUUUGGUACGAUUGGUAGAAAAUGCAGAGUUAGAGCUAAUCACUUCCUGGUUAAUGUUGCUAAUAGAGAUCUUCAUCACUACGAUGUUACUAUAACACCUGAGGUAACCUCAAAGAAGGUGAACAGAGCUAUAAUGGAACUACUAACUAAGAUGUACAAGGAGUCACAUCUGGGUCGUCGGUGUCCAGCCUAUGAUGGCCGGAAGAGCCUGUACACAGCUGGUGCUUUGCCUUUUGAGUCAAAGGAGUUUGUUGUAAAGUUAAUCGACGAAGAUCGUGGCGGUAGUUCGUCUAGUUCAGCAAGGAAGGAAAGGCAAUUUAAGGUGGCGAUCAAACUGGCAUCCAAGCCUGACCUUCAUAAUCUGCGGGAGUUCUUGUGCAGAAGAUAUUUCGAAUGUCCUCAAGAAACUAUUCAAGUGCUGGAUGUUGUUCUUAGGGCUACACCAUCUAUGAAUUUUACUGUGGUGGGAAGGUCAUUUUUCAGUCCACAACUUGGUCCUAGAGGAGAUCUUGGUAAUGGAAUGGAGUACUGGAUGGGAUAUUAUCAGAGUCUUCGGCCUACUCAGAUGGGUUUAUCUCUUAAUAUUGAUGUGUCUGCUCGAUCAUUCUACGAGCCAAUUUUAGUUACUGAGUUUGUUGCAAAACAUUUAAAGCAUGCAAACCUGUCAAGGCCUCUGUCUGAUCAAGAUCGUAUCAAAGUGAAAAAGGCCUUGAAAGGUGUAAGGGUUGAACUUAACCACAUGGAGUAUGCAAAAGCUUGCAAGAUUGUUGGCAUAUCUAGAGAGCCUAUAAGACAGUUAACGUUUACUCUUGACGACAAGAGAACAAAUGUGUCUGUGGUUCAGUAUUUCCGUGAUAAAUACAACAUUGUGCUUAAAUAUGCAUCUUUGCCUGCCCUUCAAUGUGGAAGUGAAGCAAAACCUGUCUACUUGCCCAUGGAGUUUGUUGUACAGCUGUGUAGGAUUGUUGCAGGACAAAGAUACACUAAAAAGCUGAAUGAACAAGAAGUAAAAGCACUGUUGAAAGCAACCUGUCAACGCCCACAUGAUAGGGAGGCGAAUAUUCAGAAGAUGGUGAGGGUUAAUAAUUUCCAGGGAGAUGAGCUUGUACAUAAAGAAUUUGGAAUUCAAGUUCAAAAGGAACCUGCAUUGGUUGAAGCGCGAGUUUUGCCUCCUCCAUUGCUUAAGUAUCAUGAUAGUGGACGUGAACGAAGUGUUAAUCCUGGUUUUGGGGCAUGGAACAUGAUCAAUAAGAAAAUGGUCAAUGGUGGCAAAGUAGAUUUUUGGACUUGUGUGAAUUUCUCCUUGGAAUAUGCUAGUAUGUCAGAAGACUUCUGUACUGAGUUGGUUAAAAUGUGUGUUAGCAAAGGAAUGGUGUUCUGCCAAACUGCUUCAAUUCCUAUCCGUUCAGCUCGUCCUGAAAGAAUUGAUCAAACUCUCUUGGACGUUUACAAGGAGUCUACAGGCCUGAAAAGGCCACUUCAGUUGUUGAUAAUUAUCUUACCUGAUAAGACUGGCUCAUAUGGGAAAAUUAAACGAAUAUGUGAGACAGAGUUAGGUAUUGUUUCACAAUGUUGUCAGCCCAAGCAAGCUUCAAAGUUUAGCAAACAAUAUUUUGAAAAUCUUUCUCUGAAGAUCAAUGUGAAGGUUGGGGGGCGAAAUACUGUGCUGGAUGAUGCCAUUCAAAGAAGAAUUCCCCGUGUGUCUGAUUACCCUACAAUUAUAUUUGGUUCAGAUGUCACUCAUCCACAGCCCGGGGAAGAUUCUAGUUCUUCAAUAGCUGCAGUAGUUGCUUCAAUGGAUUGGCCAGAGGUAACCAAGUACCGCGGAAUUGUAUCUGCACAGCCUCAUCGGGAGGAAAUAAUCCAGGAUCUCUAUAAAACAUUUCAGGAUCCACAAAAAGGUGUUGUUCAUAGUGGAAUGAUAAGGGAAUUGCUAGUGGCUUUCUACAAGUCAACUGGACAAAAACCAUUCAGGAUUAUUUUCUACAGAGAUGGUGUUAGCGAAGGCCAAUUUAGUCAGGUUUUGCUCCAUGAAAUGGAUGCAAUUCGAAAGGCUUGUGCCUCACUACAGGAGGGGUAUAUGCCACGUGUUACAUUUGUUGUGGUGCAGAAGAGGCAUCAUACUCGCUUAUUUCCUACCGAGCGUAACCAAACGGAUAAGAGUGGUAAUAUCCAAGCAGGUACUGUUGUUGAUACUAGCAUUUGCCACCCUACUGAAUUUGAUUUUUAUCUUAAUAGCCAUGCUGGAAUCCAGGGAACAAGCAAACCUACUCAUUACCAUGUGCUGUUUGAUGAAAACAAUUUCACUGCAGACAUAUUGCAAGUGCUCACAAACAAUUUGUGUUACACGUAUGCAAGGUGUACUCGGUCAGUUUCUAUAGUGCCUCCUGCAUACUAUGCCCAUCUGGCUGCUUUUCGGGCACGCUAUUAUGUGGAGGAUGAGAAUUCUGACAGUGGCUCUACUGGUGGGGAGUCUACUGGUGGGGGGCGUCGAGCAAGGGACAGAAAUGUCGAGGUUCGGCCACUCCCUAGCAUCAAAGACAAUGUUAAGGAAGUCAUGUUUUAUUGCUGAAUAGGCGUCUGUUUCUGUUCUUUUGUUUGGGGUUUCUUUUCAUCAAAAUAUGCGUUCCUGGUUUAAUGAUUUUGCUUAUUUAGGGUAGCUUUAAGCCCUUCAACUCCUUACUCUUUUGCCUUUGAGUUGAUAUAUUGUCAAUAGCUUUUGACCAAUUUGUUGAUCGACAGCGAACACUCCUGACAUUUUGUUUGGCAGAGGGCUUUGGUUUUUUUGUGUACAUGUCACAGGUACAGGUUUUUAAACUGGAUAGUUUUUAAACAUUGCGCUAUGUCAUCAAAGGGUUAUCUGUGGUUUGUACAGAGUAGUAAAACUCUUAUAAAAAUCAUAUUUAAUGGAAAAUAUCUUUUGAAGUUGAAGCAUCAAAGUUCAUCAUCGGGAUUUCAUUUUUUGGCGCUUGAUUUGUAUUUUUGGCUAUUUGCUGACUUGAGGUGCUGAGAAAACUAAAGAAAGUUCUGAAUCCUAACUUAGCAUUCGGAUGGCUAUUCAUUAAUAAGUCUAUUGUAUCUUC